UCACUGUCCAUCGUCGCCAUUAUAUAGCGACGAGUUCGCGGAAAGUUGUAGGCCGCAAAUAAAAAUCGUCGUUUACGGCGACAGGGAGAACAAUUCUCCCAAAAAAAAAGUGUUUUAAGUUUUUCUCUUUAAUCCCAAUUAUCUCGAUUUUGUCAAGAUAUUACCUUCUUGAAGGUUUUCUAACUUUGGAACUGUCGAACAUGGCUUAUUGAAAAGAUGAAGGGUCUGCAGCAAUUAAUUGUUUCUCCAUACGGAGGAGAUAAUAUCUCAAUCGUCAUAAAAGUUACUGACGGCUCGUGCCGUUUUUAUAAUGGAAAAAAAGUCGAAAUUCCCGCAAUCCACGUCCAAAGGGACGGGAAAUGAUGUCAAGAAAAAUCAAGCUGAUGUUGUUAGCAGACCAUUUCCGAAAUCUUCUCGCAAACGUGAACCAAUUGGUGCGAGUAACUUCUCAAAAUAUGAUCAACCGAGGAAAUCCUUUGCACAGAAAGGAAAAGGUUUUGAUAAGAGACCAAAAUUUAAAGGACAUUAUAAUGGCGGUCCAAAGGAGGAUUCCAAGGUAGUAGAGGAGUUGGCUGAGCCGGGCUCAGUUAUGAAUCAAGGAAGUAAGAAGCAGAAUUUAAAUCAUCUGCUCAAUUUUCAUUAUGCUCCACGUGAUAUGAGGAAUGGAUCCGACACGUGGAACAGAAGGAGAUCUUCAAAUUUCAAUCAUAACAGCAAUCGCUGGCUUCCACCUGUUCAACGACACAAGUAUAACAAGGAACAAUUUUUGCAAGCAAAUUGUCAGUUUAUUGUAAACGCGAAUGCAGAUUAUACUGUGAAUUUAGCCGACCCGGACACACUGGUCGAAUGGAAAUUCAUCGAACAGAUUAGAUUACAUACAUCUGAUAAAUUGUCGUGUCCAAUUUGUUUGUGCUCGCCCGUCGCGGGAAAAAUGACUCGAUGUGGUCACGUUUACUGCUGGGCUUGCAUUUUACAUUAUUUGGCAUUGUCUGACAAAACAUGGCGCAAAUGUCCCAUUUGUUAUGAGUCUAUUCACAAGUCUGACUUGAAGAGUGUUGUCGAAAUUGAACAGAACGUGAUAAACGUUGGUGAUAAUGUGAAAUUACGUUUAAUGCGUCGAGAGAGAGGCUCCUUAAUUGCCACAUCGGUUCCUGAAAAAGAAAUUCCAGCGCCCACUGCUUUUUUUUCAGUCUCUGAUAAUUUCCACUGCCAAAUUUAUUCUAAAUUACUCCUGGCAAAUGUUGACAACAUUAUGGACAUAAUAGAAUGCGAAAAAGUGCAAUUGAAACUUGAAUUACAAGAAGAUCCUCAUUGUCCCGAAAAUUGUUUCAUCGAUCAAGCUCUCAAUGAACUGGAAAUUCGAGAACGGGAACUUUUAAUGGAACCCAAAAUUAGUCAAGCAGGUUUGGAAUUAAAGAAGGAUGACGUUAAUAAAUGCCAGGAGAUGCCAAAAACCGAAGAUGUUCAGGAAACAACAGGCAAUGGCUGCGAAGAAAAUGUUGAAACUGAUAACAAAAUUGACAAUCAUGAUGAGAGUAAUGAAGAAAUUGCCGAAGUUAAUAACGACACUGAAUCACAAUUUGAAAUUGUUAAAUCUUGGUGGGAUGGAGAAGAAUAUGAAUUAUUGACAUCGCAAAAUGAUUCUAAUCAUGUAAAUUCAUUUAAGCCACCAAAGCAGAUGGAAAAUCACGUCACUGACCUAUUUACUUCUUCCAAUGCGCAAAAGUUCUUCUAUUUUUAUCAAGCUGAAAACGGACAGCAUGUUUAUCUUCACGCAAUGAAUGCAAAAAUGUUGGAAAUGGAAUACGGUAGUUUGGAGCAUUGUCCACGAACGAUUAUGGGAAAAUUAUUAGAGAAAGAAGAAGGAAGUUUAACUGAAGAUUUGAGACGUCGACUGCGAUAUUUAUGUCAUUUACCACUUACAUGUCAAUUCGAGAUUGCUGAAAUAGAACUAUUACCACCUCUAGUAUCGCAAAAUGUCCUUCAACAAUUUCAUGAUCAAUUGGACACGCGACAGAGAAAAAGACAUCGCAAGGAUCGCGAGGAGCGAAAGAGAGAGAAGAAAAUAAACGAAGAGGAAAAUAAGCGAAUGGGAAAGUUUCCAACGAGAAAGGUUCAUAUUGAGUCUCGUCGUCAUUUCCCACAAUGGCAACCUGAUUCGACUCAAACUGGAGUUUCAAUACCAUCGCCUCCGGAAUCAACGGCACCUUCAAGCGUUGCUAGCAGUCCAUCACUGACUCCAUUUGAGGAAGUAUCAUCUUCACUGACUUCAGUUGAUGAAUCUUUAGUUUGGCCGUCAAAUAACGCCGAUUCUGGUCCAUCAUUCGCUCAAAUGCUUCGUCAAAAUGGUCAACGUUCUGGUAAUAGUUGGCCAUCAAUAAAAACACGAUCAAAUCCGCCUCCUGAGAAUCAACCACCUAUUCAGCAAGUAGUUGACGAUGACGGUUAUGUUUCGCUACGUAAUUUUAAUCCGACUUUUGGCGAUGCACUUGCCCAAGCAUUGGAGCAAUCCAGUUUAGUAGAAUCAGCCGUGGAGAGAAGCGAAGAAAAUUCGGGUGGUGGGAAAAAGAAGAAGAAGAAAAAUAAACCAACUGUAUUGUUCGCAACUGGAAUGGCUCGUGCAUCUUAAAUAGGCAUUGUUCUUAGAGAAAAUGCAUUGCGUAGCUUCGUGUAUUGAAAAAAGGUUUCUUUUUUUAAUAUGAUUAUUUAUGUAGGCAAAUUUUCUUGCAAAUUGACACUAAAAACGAAAAAAAAAAAAUAGUCCUUUAUUUGCCAUUAUUUUAUUUUAAACGACGUUGCGUGAAUAUUUCGGUUGUAAAAAUAUAUUUUACUUUGGUCUGCUAAUGCUUAAAAAAUUAAAUUUAUCUUGAAUCACUCAAAAAAAA